UCCUCUCCUCUCUAUAAGAACCCCCCACUUGCCGUUCUCCGAUCCACUCUAUCGAUCCCCACCCCGACGGCACACACAGCCGCCAAGAACACACGUAUGAACUAGCAGCAGUGAAGAAGUGAACACUUAGCAAACGAGCUAGCUGCCUGCGACGGCGACAUGGAGGGCAUGUCGGAAGAGAAGUGCGCCCUGGUGGCGGAGCUGGUGCGGGUGCUGGAGAUGGUGAGGCAGCUCGAGGCGCACACGGCCGGCCAGCAGCAGCUGGGCGGCGCGGCGGCCGGAGGGGAGCAGCGGUGCCGGGCGCUCGUGUGCACCAUGCGCGACUCCAUCGACAGGGCCCUCCACAUGGCCAUGUCCUGCUGCGCCGGCGGGAGUAGUCCGGCCGGCGGGCAGCCGGAGUCGCCGCCGUCCGGCGGGGACGGCAGCCCGCGCAGCGCCGGGUCGGACCAGGCCGGCGGCGACUUCCGGGGCCGCGGCAAUGCGGCGCGCCAGUGCAAGAAGAGGAAGACGCUGCCCAAGCGGAGCACCCAGGUGAGGGUGAGCGCCGUCCAGGACGUCACCCCCCUCGACGACGGCCUCAGCUGGAGGAAGUACGGCCAAAAGGACAUCCUCGGCGCCAAGUACCCAAGAGCCUACUUCCGGUGCACGCACCGGCACACGCAGAGCUGCAGCGCGAGCAAGCAGGUGCAGCGCACGGACGGCGACCCGCUGCUCUUCGAUGUCGUGUACCACGGCUCCCACACGUGCGCCCAGGCUCAGCAGCAGGGCGCCGCCGCGCACCCCGGCGGCAGCACCCAGGGGGCAGCAGGGCCCGUGCUGCCAUUCUCGCUCCCUUCCAACAGGCCUGCGGCGGGCGCCGAUGACGCCGGCGGCAGCCGUCUCCCGGGCGGCGCCGGCGCCCGUGGCACCGCGCUCCCUUUCGUGUCCCCGGCGACGCCGGAGGGCCUGGCCCGGGACGCGCCUCAUCACGACGCUGAGCUCGCGUGCACCACGAACUCCCCCCCCAUUGCCCAUGGCGGAGAUGGACUUCAUGUUCCCGCUGGACGCCGCCGAUUUCUUGGAGGACCCGGCCAGCUACUUCUGAGCACGAAUUCGACCUAGCUGCCUGUACGGAGCGCCGCAAAAUCCAAUAGGUAAAGCCACCCGGCCAGGAGGAACCAACAGAUUAAGCCUCCUAUACUACUAUACUAGUAGCUCUCACUGUAUAAUCUUCCCUGGUCACCCGAAUUGUACGACGGGACUUGUCAGGAUUCGAUCCACACGAAGUCACGAACAAAUCACACAUGUGUCCUGACGGACCCGAUGCCUGAAUGUUGCUUCUGGAUAAGUGAGUGAUCCAGGUCGUGCUA